GAGUAAUAGUUUAUCCCAAUAUUUAAAGUUGUGUUAUCGAGCAAAAAUCAUUUAUCGCGCUGCUCUCGUAAUCGUUAAAGGCGCCAGCGGCAGCGCCAGCGCUGAAAGCGGCCCCACAUGCGUGGGCUCCUCUAAAUUGGGUAGCGACCAUGAUGUCCUGCCCCCUUCCCAUGCAAUUACCGAUACCGAUUCCUUCACUACACAAAACAGAAUUUGCAUCGGUUCAUAUUGGAGUUAAGCGCGGAAGCGACGAACUUUUGAGUCAAGCAGCAGUCAUGGCGCCCGCUUCCGACAAUAAUAAUCAGGACCUGGCCACAAAGAAGGCCAAGCUGGAACCGAGCACCGUGCUGGCCGGCGGAAUUGCCAAGGCCUCGAAAGUCAUCCACUUGCGGAACAUUCCAAACGAGUCCGGUGAAUCGGAUGUGAUUGCCCUGGGCGUACCAUUUGGUCGCGUGACAAACGUCCUCGUGCUGAAGGGCAAGAACCAGGCGUUCAUCGAAAUGGCCGACGAGAUGGCCGCCACAUCGAUGGUGUCCUGCUACACAGUGAAUCCGCCACAAAUGCGUGGACGCAUGGUCUACGUACAGUUCUCCAAUCAUCGCGAACUCAAAACGGAUCAGAGUCACAAUAACUCUGUGGGGCAGAGCGACUACCGCAUUCAGUCGCCGGCCGGCGGCUCUCCGCUGCCUCUGUGCGCGGCCAAUGCCACCAGCAACAAUGCCAACAACUCCGGCGACAGCAACAGCAGCGCCGUUGGCAUCUUGCAGAACAACACCAGUGCGGUGAACAGUGCCGGCAACAACAGCAAUGCCGCCGGCGGACCCAACACGGUGCUCCGGGUGAUUGUCGAGUCGCUGAUGUACCCGGUAUCGCUGGACAUAUUGCAUCAGAUAUUCCAGCGGUACGGCAAGGUGCUGAAGAUUGUCACCUUCACCAAAAACAACUCAUUCCAGGCCCUCAUCCAAUAUCCGGAUGCCAAUUCCGCCCAGCAUGCCAAGUCCCUGCUGGACGGGCAGAACAUCUACAAUGGGUGCUGCACGCUGCGCAUUGACAACAGCAAGCUGACGGCCCUGAAUGUGAAGUACAACAACGACAAGUCGCGCGACUUUACGAAUCCCGCGCUGCCACCGGGCGAGCCCGGCGUCGAUCUGAUGCCCACCGCCGGCGGACUGAUGAACACCAACGAUCUGCUAUUGAUUGCCGCCCGCCAGCGGCCCUCCCUAACAGGUGAUAAAAUAGUCAACGGAUUGGGUGCUCCUGGUGUCCUGCCACCGUUCGCCCUGGGGCUGGGCACACAGCUCACCGGCGGCUACAGCAACGCCCUGCCCAAUCUGGCGGCCUUCUCGCUGGCCAACAGCGGGGCCCUGCAGUCCACGGCACCGGCCAUGCGCGGCUACUCGAAUGUAUUGCUCGUCUCGAAUUUAAAUGAGGAGAUGGUCACGCCUGAUGCUCUCUUUACCCUCUUUGGUGUAUACGGCGAUGUGCAACGUGUAAAGAUUUUGUACAACAAAAAGGACUCGGCACUCAUACAGAUGGCGGAGCCCCAGCAAGCAUACUUAGCCAUGUCUCACCUUGAUAAAUUACGUUUAUGGGGCAAGCCGAUACGUGUCAUGGCCAGCAAACAUCAGGCCGUGCAGCUGCCGAAGGAGGGACAGCCGGACGCGGGCCUGACACGUGACUACUCACAGAAUCCGUUGCAUCGCUUCAAGAAGCCCGGCAGCAAGAACUACCAGAACAUCUAUCCGCCAUCGGCGACACUGCAUUUAAGUAACAUUCCCUCAUCCUGCUCCGAGGAUGACAUCAAAGAAGCCUUCACCUCAAACACUUUCGAAGUCAAAGCAUUCAAAUUUUUCCCCAAGGACCGGAAGAUGGCGCUGCUGCAGCUGUCGUCGGUGGAGGAGGCCGUCCUGGCACUAAUCAAAAUGCACAACCACCAGCUGUCCGAGUCCAACCAUUUGCGCGUGAGCUUCUCCAAGUCGAACAUCUAGAAUCCGAUUCGAGGUCAGGUUUACUGAACCUGACUGGGUGCCGGCAGCAGCUAUGUGCACCACCACCACCAGCUACAAGUCUAUUGGCAGCAACAGAUACAAUCUAUUAUUCGUAGUACAAGAAGGAAGCACGCACACUUCAACUGAGGAUUAAGCUCUCAGCACAGAACAUAAAAACCAAUCCAGAACCCAUUCGAAUAGCAUCGCAAUCCAAUCCAAUCCAAUCCAACCCAACCGAUCACCCAACCAGCGGCAACAAUCGAUGUAUGAGCUAUAACCACACAACAGGAAAACCAGAUGAAACUCUAAGCUAGGAUCUGUCCACGCUGUGUUCCGCAAUCGUUACAAUCGAAGGGAACAGAGGGGAGGACAAACACCGAGAGUAAUCGUAACUAAAAUCGAAAUCAAAAGAAGAACCAGCAGCAGCAAGAUGGCAAAAUGCUAAGCGUUAAAUAACUAAAGUAUAAACUGAAAUUAUAUAUGAGGAUUUAGCAUUUCAAAUUACGGCGCACGCAGACAAAGCAAACAACAAACAAACAACCCACUAAACAAUCAGCAACAUCGUAUCUUAAGCUUAACUUUAAACUAUAGUUAUUAAGUAAAUUGCAUUGCAUAACAAAAGGAUAUAUAACAAAACAAAACAACAAACAAAACAAAACACAAAAAAAAGAGGUUUAACGAGAGAGUAGAGGAAAAGUAAAUUUAAAUGAAUGAGACAGUUGAUCGUAAAUUAGAGAUAUUUUUAGUGCACUGUACUGUGUUUUGGUUUUAAAAAACGGCAGAAAGUCAGAACGAAAAGAAAGAACAAAACGAAGGAAAGAAAACAAAACAAAAGAGAGAGCAGAGAAGAGAAAUUAUGUUAAAAAUGAAUUAAGGCAAAACGUUUUAUUAUGUAUAUGAUGCUGUUAUUAUAUUUUAAAUGAAUGCAACUUAACAUUAAUUUUUUAUAAAUAUGCAAGAAAUCAAUUGCAAGAAUCGCAUAGACGUAGCUCUUAAAUGUUUUUCAUUUUGUUAGACUUAGAGAUGGAUAUGGAGAUGGUCCCGAAUUGCACACCGAGUCCUAGGCAUUGAAGCAGUGAAGCGAACAGAUGUGAAGAAUAUAGUGGAGUUUAUGGUAAAACUGAUAAAAAUGUAUUAAAUUUGAAUAAGUUGAAAUAAAUCGGCCACUUGGACAAAAGCGAAGAACCCCCAGAUGUGUGUAUAUCCAAGAAGGCGCACUUAGCUCUCGUCUGUUUGUUUAGCAUUAACUGAUUACUGAUUAGUGAAUACUGAUUACUGAUUACGUGAGAAUAAUAAUUUUAAACGGCAGUUAAAUCAACGCGUACGUAAACCCUAUGUGUGUGUAUGUAUAUGUAAAUGUUGUUAAGCUAGCGCAAAUUAUACACAAAUCGAUCAAACAAGUAUAUAUACACAUCUGUAUAAGUAUGUAUUGAACUACAACAAAACCAUGAAACAGGAAAUUAAACAAAUUUUAAGCUACGAAAAAAGUAUAAUCUCAAAAUGAAACAACAACAAAACAAAAACAAGAAAGAAAAACAAAGCAAAAAACAAAAGAAUGGAAUGGAAUGGUAAUUAUAUUUAAUCAUAGGCAUACUGGUAACGAAAGACAUAUACGUGUUUUAGCAAAAACAAAACUGAAUGAUUUUUUGAUAAUUUUACAAGAACCCCACAACAUACACAACCAACACACACAUGCAACACACACACACAACAAGCAGACACACCCACACAAUACACACAAAUCAGACAGAUACACUCAUAUAUGAAAGUUUAUAUAUAUUUAGGAAGUGAAAUUAUUUAUACGUUGGCGCAAAAGAACAAAACAAAACAAAACAACAACAAAAAACAAAUAAAAAG